AUGGUCACUCUCGUCCCGUCGUGUGAUUAUAGCAAAUCGAGCUGUCUACAGCGACGUCACGUUGGCGGUCGAUUGCAAAGAGGUGAAAUGUCGAUCUUAUUGGUCUUGAUGAAAAUUCUUCAUCAAUACCCCAGAGACUCUCUUUACAUCAGAGCUGGGACAACGGCAGAACGCGAUACCUUUGAUACCUGGAGUCAGAGUGCGAGACAAGCUAGUGACCGGAUGUGCUGUGCAUAUCAACAUGUCAGAGUCCCAGGCUUUCAAUCUCGAAGCACACUUCAACACAUCGACUUUUGCGAUAACCAGUAUGUUUUCGUCACCGGGAACUACAAGGCAAUCGUAUGGUGUGAAGCAGUGGCUGGCAUCACAGUCGGCGGAUUCAUUUACUGUAAGCGAUGA